AUGUCCGACGAGGAUCUCGAGCAAAUCAGGCGCGCGCGCCUGCAGCAACUCCAGCAGCAAAGUGGGGGUAGAGGCUCAGGCGGCCAGGGCUCAGAGCAAGAAUCGCGAAAGCAAGCAGAGGCCGACCAGCGCGCCUCGAUCCUCUCUCAAAUCCUCCUCCCCGAAGCCGCCGACCGCCUUGGCCGCAUCCGCCUCGUCAAGGAAUCCCGCGCAACAGACGUUGAAAACCGGCUUAUUAUGCUUGCGCGAACCGGCCAGAUCCGCCAGAAAGUCACGGAGGAACAGCUCAAGGAGAUAUUGGGAGCUGUAGCGGAGCAGCAGGAUAAAGAAGAGCAGAAGAUUGUGGUGAAUAGGAGGGGUGGGGGAUGGGAUGAUGACGAUGAGUUGGAGGAGUUGAUGAAAGAAGUUUAG